AUGAAACUCAACCGCACUGUGGUAGUGGGCCUCCUGUUGCUGCUCCGCCCUCUUGCAUGCACUCCAGCUGUUCAGCAGCUCAAAGGAGAAGACGAUGAUGAUUUCUUCUCUGAGGAAGGGGUUCAGGGCGGCUCUCUGACCUCCGUAGGUCUCUGCCUGCCUGCAAACUGCUGCAGCCGUGCAAAUACUGUUGAAACGCCUCACGUUGCUGCACGUAUCGAACAGCGAACAGCUGAGGCAGCACCGGCCAACAGGCUUAACUGUUUACGUUUGCUGUCGUUUACUCCUACUCAGAACAAUGUGGAAGCACAGAAAGGCGGCAGCCAGCAGUCUUCAGCAUUGACUCCGGAGCCUUCGUCUCCUGCAGAAGAAUAUACAGAAGGAAGCCUUGGAAUAUCCGCCAAGGGCCGUGCAAAUACUGUUGAAACGCCUCACGUUGCUGCACGUAUCGAACAGCGAACAGCUGAGGCAGCACCGGCCAACAGGCUUAACUGUUUACGUUUGCUGUCGUUUACUCCUACUCAGAACAAUGUGGAAGCACAGAAAGGCGGCAGCCAGCAGUCUUCAGCAUUGACUCCGGAGCCUUCGUCUCCUGCAGAAGAAUAUACAGAAGGAAGCCUUGGAAUAUCCGCCAAGGGGUCUGCGGGCGGAGCUGCAGGCAGGCGAAACACAGCACAGUGCAACUCAGUUUAUAAGGCAGCACUGUCUUGUAUAUAUUGCAUUCCGUCUAAGAACGCAGACGACGCCCAUUCGUCUGUAGCUGCUGAAGGCAGCACCACUGCAGCGGCUGCACUGGCCACCGGCACUCUGAUGAAUCCACAGCAACAACAACAGCAGCAGCAGCAGCAACAACAACAACAGCAACAACAGCAACAGACGGAGAAACACCAGGGAACGCCUCCUCUUCCGCAGCAGCAGCAGGAACAGCAGCAACAGCAGCAGGGACAGCAUCAGCAGCUGCAUCAGCAACAGCAACAGCAGCCGCAUCCGCAACAGCAACAGCAGCAGCAGCAGGAACAGCAACAGCAGCUGCAGCCGCAACAGCAGCUGCAGCAGCAGCAGCAGGAACAGCAACAGCAGCUGAAGCAGGAACAGCAACAGCAGCUGCAACAGGAACAGCAACAGCAACUGCAGCCGCAACAGCAACAGCAGCUGCAUCAGCAACAGCAGCAACAGCAGGAACAGCAACAUCAGCUGCAGCAGGAACAGCAACAGCAGCUAAAGCAGGAACAGCAACAGCAGCUGCAUCCGCAACAGCAGCAGCAGCAGCAGCAGCUGCAUCCGCAACAGCAACAGCAGCUGCAUCCGCAACAGCAACAGCAGCUGCAUCAGCAACAGCAGCUGCAUCCGCAACAGCAACAGCAGCAGCAGCAGGAACAACAACAGCAGCUGAAGCAGGAACAGCAACAGCAGCUGCAACAGGAACAGCGACAGCAGCUGCAUCAGCAGCAGCGACAGCAGCUGCAUCAGCAACAGCAACAGCAGCUGCAUCAGCAACAGCAACAGCAGCUGCAUCAGCAACAGCAGCUGCAGCAGGAACAGCAGCAGCAGCAGCAGCUGCUGCUGCUGCAGCAGCAGGAACAGCAACAGCAGCAGCAGCAGCAGCAGCAUCAGCAGCUGCACCAGCAACAGCAACAGCAGCAGCAGCAGGAACAGCAGCAGCUGCUGCAGCAGCAGCAGGAACAGCAGCAGCAGCUGCAGCAGGAACAGCAGCAACAGCAGGUAAGGGAGAAAGCAGAGAAGACGAGCAAACCUAAGCGGCGCCCACCUCAGGAGUCGAGACACCACGACGAAAGCAACGAAGAAGAAGAAGCAGAAGAAGAAGAAGAAGCAGAAGAAGAAGCAGAAGAAGAAGCAGAAGAAGAAGAAGAAGAUACGGAAGAAGAAGAAGAAAUAGAAGAAGACGAAGUGCAUGCAGGUCGCAGCUCCCAGGUUGCUGCAGAGCAGUUGGGGUGUCGCCGUCCACCGGCAGCAGCAGCAAAACCUAUAAAAAGGAACAGCAGAAUCAGCAGCAACAACAACAACAACUACAGAAGAUACUCUCAAAGAAGACAAGCUUUGCAGAAAGGAAGAGCAGCAGCACGGAGGCCUGAGCCGCUCCGAAGGAACAUGAGAUUGAAGUCGAAGAAGGGAAGCAUUAGCAGCAGCAGCAACAACCGCAGCAGCAGCAGCAGAGCUAUACCUGCUGCUUAUGAGGAAGACAGCAGCGAUGACGAAGGAAGUUAUUAUGACAACAGAGAAGCUAAAUAUACAGCAGCAGCAAAAAUUAAAAACCGCAGCAGCAAAAAGCCAAAGUCUCCCAACCCAACACGCCGAGAACAGCAGCAAAUCAUUCGAACAGUGCAGCUGCUGAAUGCUCUUUUAAAGCAGCAAAAGGAGCAAGCAGUAAAGUUUUCUUCUUCUAGUAAUGCGCAUGUAGAUCCUACAGGAAUGGCGAUAUCUUAUGAAAGCCUUUUGACUCAAGUUCGCAAGCGACGGCCUUCUUUAGAUGACGACAACGAUGAAGAAAAGAAAGGAGAAGAUGCUUUGUCCUGGGCUGCUGCUCUGGUGCUUACGAUCCCCCCUUCAAUACUUGCAAUUCUGCUGGCCCACCAUAUUGCGAAGAGACAAAUGCAGCCGUUGAUAGGGGGAGUGUCGGGAAGUUUAGGCUCUUCUCGAGCCUUUUCAGGGAGAAGUAGCGAGCUGGACGUACACUCCGAUUCGGUGUCUUCAAUAGAAGAGGAGAUAUUAAGAGCAGAGGGAGAGGGAGUUUCUUAUUCAGACUAUGAUUCAUCUCUCCCAAAGAUCGUUCGUAGACCCGGAAGACUCUUAACAGGCCUUCCUUCUACUCAUAUUCCUUCUCACAUGUGGCUGCGUAGUGGCAGCCCCAGACGAACACCGUACACCUACGGGCGCAUAAGCAAGCAACAUAUGUCCUACGGAUACUCUGAUAUAUUAGACGAUCCAUACGUCUACGAUCCCCUUUAUAGAAGACGUAUAGCAGCAGCACGCAGCUAUGAAAGAGCGAGGCCUCUAUUUCAUGAACUCUCUGAAGUAGAAGAACUCGCAGAUGCCCAGUGGACGGCAGCGGCAGCGGCUGGUGCUGCAGUUGAGCCGCAUGCAGAGGAGAUGCAGAUGCAUGGAGGUCUUUGA